AUGGAGAGGUCUUCAGGGGCGCAUGGCCUUAUGAACGAGAGGACUCCUCUUCUGAACGGACUAGAGGGGAGAAAAAGAAAUGACACCCCGGAAAAUGGUCAGCUGACAGAUCUCGAACAUGGAGAUGCAGUACCGGCAGCACAUGUGGGCUUCAGUAGAGUAUUUUCACUUGCAAAGCCUGAAGCUGGUAGUUUGAUUGUUGGCACAGUUGCUUUGUUAAUUGCAUCCACAUCAAGCAUAUUAGUGCCAAAAUUUGGGGGGAAAAUAAUUGACAUUGUUUCUGGAGAUACUCAAACACCUGAACAGAAAUCUGAAGCUUUGGAUGCUGUCAAGAACACAAUUCUCUAUAUAUUUCUAAUUGUCAUAAUCGGUUCAAUUUGUACAGCACUUCGAGCAUGGUUGUUUUCUUCUGCUAGUGAGAGGGUUGUUGCUCGAUUGAGAAAGAAUCUAUUCAGUCAUCUUAUUCACCAGGAAAUAGCCUUUUUUGAUGUUACUCGCACAGGGGAACUUUUGAGUAGGCUAUCUGAAGAUACGCAGAUUAUUAAAAAUGCUGCAACCACCAAUCUUUCAGAGGCUCUAAGGAAUCUUUCUACUGCAUUUAUUGGUCUCGGGUUCAUGUUUACAACUUCAUGGAAGUUAACAUUGUUGGCUUUGGUUGUUGUUCCUGCAAUAUCCAUUGCUGUCAGAAAAUUUGGACGCUAUCUGCGUGAACUUUCUCACAAGACUCAAGCCGCUGCUGCAAUAGCUUCAUCUAUUGCUGAGGAAACGUUUGGUGCGAUACGCACAGUGAGAUCAUUUGCACAGGAAGAAUAUGAGGUCUCAAGGUACUCUGGAAAAGUUGACGAGACAUUAAAUCUUGGACUCAAACAAGCAAAAGUUGUUGGUUGUUUCUCUGGAGGUCUUAAUGCAGCUUCAACGCUAUCAGUUAUUGCAGUAGUAAUAUAUGGAGCUACCCUGACAAUCAAUGGGGCCAUGACUCCGGGAUCACUCACAUCCUUCAUUCUGUAUAGCUUAACUGUUGGAUCGUCAGUAUCUGGACUAUCUAACUUAUAUACGGUGGCAAUGAAAGCUGCUGGAGCUAGUAGGCGAGUUUUCCAGCUCUUAGAUCGUGUUUCUUCCAUGCAAGAAUCAGGAAAUAAGUGUCCAUUGGGAAAUGAAGAUGCAGAAGUGGAGUUGGAUGAUAUUUGGUUUGCUUAUCCAUCCCGUCCAAAUAAUAUGGUCCUGAAGGGAAUAACAUUGAAACUACAGACUGGUUUUAAGGUUGCAUUGGUGGGUCCAAGUGGUGGUGGAAAGACGACAAUUGCGAACUUGAUAGAGAGAUUUUAUGACCCGGUCAAAGGAAAGAUAUUGCUUAAUAGAAUUCCUCUGGUCGAAAUAUCUCAUGAUCAUCUCCAUAAAAAGAUCAGUAUAGUGAGCCAAGAACCUGUUCUUUUUAACUGCUCGAUCGAAGAGAACAUAGCCUAUGGAUUAGAUGGUAAAGCAAGCAGCAUUGAUAUAGAAAACGCUGCAAAAAUGGCCAAUGCCCACGAAUUCAUAGCCAAGUUUGCCGAGACUUAUCAAACGCAUGUCGGGGAACGUGGAGUGAGGCUUUCUGGAGGCCAAAAACAAAGAAUAGCCAUUGCUCGAGCUCUUCUAAUGAAUCCCAGAAUCCUACUUUUAGACGAGGCAACUAGUGCCCUGGAUGCCGAAAGUGAAUAUCUAGUUCAGGAUGCCAUGGAUUCCCUAAUGAAGGGUCGGACCGUGCUAGUCAUAGCUCAUAGGCUUUCAACUGUAAAGACUGCAGACACUGUUGCAGUGGUUUCUGAUGGCCAGAUAGUGGAAAGUGGCACUCACGAUGACCUCCUCGGCAAGAAUGGUAUCUACACAGCAUUAGUUAGGAGGCAACUACAAGGGCCAAAACACGAAAUCUAG